AUGGCCAACCAAUUCCUUCGCUCUUUUCUUCUUCCAAAAAACGCUAAUCGCACAACGGUGGCAAGAUAUCACGACUACGUACGCGUUGGAACACAAGCUGGCGUAGUUCGCAUUCCACUGGCUUCCCCAAAAGUUAUCGGCGUAGCUACAUCUCGCGGCAACAGAGGCCACCAGGAAGACUUCCAUGGCUUUGCCACUUUAUCGUUGGAUCCGGCCGAACUCCGUCUCAGCGUCAAGAAAGCUCAUGGCAUCGAUUGGAACCCGGAGAGCGUCGGACCUUUGCUGGCACGGCAAGCAGUCUUCGUGGGCAUAUAUGAUGGCCAUGGAGGAUCUGCGGUGUCCCAGUAUCUACGCCAGGAGCUUCACGGCCUCUUUGAAUCCGUUGACAAGUCACUCAUACCUGACCUCUUCGCAUGGAUAAAGGAAAUCGGCGGCUACUUUAAAAGGUUCAAAGGAGGGGCACUUGCACCAUGGAUUGACCCUAGUCACAACACAGAAUUACUGGAUCUUGAGGCACGCGCCACUCUGGCAUUCUUCGAAGUAGACAAAAAUUUAUCUUCCGAUGAAGUUACUCAAUCUUGUGGGGCAACCGCCUCAGUAGCCAUUCUCCACUCUUUAGAUGCUCCAGCAACAUCAUUCUUGUCAUCGCAAAAUCUAGCACUCACUGUUGCACACUGCGGAGACACGAGAGUACUUUUAUGUGCGACAAACGGCGGAAGAGUUUUUCCCAUGACCGAAAACCACCAUGCGGAUGCUCAUGUAGAAAGUAUACGGCUUCGCAGAAUGAUGGGCUCGUCCUUGAUCACGGACUCCUUUGGCGAAUCUCGAUGGAUGGGAGCUCUUAUGAACACUAGAUGGCAAACACCCCACAGUCUUGGUGAUCUCCGCUACAAACGAUUCGGUGUCACUCCAGAACCAGAAGUGAGGACGAAGCUUCUCAAAGGGGAUGAAUGGGCAUACUUGAUAUUUGUGUCGGAUGGAAUAUCGUCAAUCCUUUCGGAUGACGAAGUGGUUGAUCUAGCGCGAGACGCUCCUCAUCCAAAGGCAGCGGCAGAACGUAUAUUAUCAUUUUCUCAAGAUUUGGGAGGUGAAGACAAUGCCACAGCAAUCGUCGUCCCCCUAGCUGGCUGGGGAAAAAUAGAAGGUCCUGAUAAAACAAAAGAACUUCGCGAAUACAGACGCCAACAAGCAGGUUCGUAUCUGCGUCACUCAGCAAACGACUCCUGA